CGCCACCGCAUCAGUUUCGCAAGCGGUGUUUAUAAGCGUGGAGACAUCAACGUAGGACUACGUUUUAAAACCUCAGAAUUCAUCUGAUUCAGACUCAACAGAGGAAGUAGAGAAGUGAAACAAAUGGCCAAGGAAGUUUCAAACGGAGAGAACCAUGUGACCACAAAACCACCCCCGGAGCCCUCGCCUCUGAGAAAUGCCAAAUUUUUUCAGGCAAAUAUGAGAAUUUUGGUAACUGGUGGCGCUGGAUUCAUAGGCUCUCACCUGGUUGACAGAUUAAUGCAGAAUGAGAAAAACGAGGUGAUUGUCGUGGAUAACUACUUUACUGGGUCAAAAGACAACUUAAAGCAAUGGAUUGGACAUCCAAGAUUUGAGCUUAUUCGUCAUGAUGUAACAGAACCAUUGUUAGUUGAGGUUGAUCAAAUAUACCAUCUUGCUUGUCCUGCAUCCCCUAUCUUUUACAAGUACAAUCCUGUGAAGACGAUCAAGACUAAUGUGAUUGGGACGCUUAACAUGCUGGGACUUGCUAAGCGUGUUGGGGCAAGGAUUUUGCUGACAUCAACUUCUGAGGUUUAUGGAGAUCCUCUAGUGCAUCCUCAAACUGAGAGCUACUGGGGAAAUGUUAACCCAAUUGGAGUUAGGAGCUGUUAUGACGAGGGGAAAAGGGUUGCUGAGACUUUAAUGUUUGAUUACCAUAGACAGCAUGGAAUUGAGAUACGGAUUGCUAGGAUCUUCAAUACUUAUGGACCUCGUAUGAAUAUUGAUGAUGGUAGGGUGGUCAGCAAUUUCAUAGCUCAAGCAAUUCGCGAUGAACCGUUGACAGUCCAGUUGCCUGGUACACAAACGCGAAGUUUUUGUUACGUCUCUGACAUGGUUGAUGGUCUGAUUCGUCUUAUGGAGGGAGAGCACACUGGUCCUGUUAACAUUGGCAAUCCAGGUGAAUUUACUAUGAUCGAACUUGCGGAGACUGUGAAGGAGCUUAUCAAUCCCGAAGUGGAGAUCAUCACUGUUGAAAACACCCCUGAUGAUCCUCGUCAGCGAAAACCAGACAUCACAAAAGCCAAGGAGCUGUUAGGCUGGGAGCCAAAGGUCAAAUUACGAGAAGGCCUUCCCCUCAUGGAGGAUGAUUUCCGAAAGAGGCUUGAGAUCUCCCGAAAGAAUUGAACUAAACUUGUUCAAACACUUGAUACGUCCAUGUCAUAAUAUAUCCCUCAUUAUUCCGCCUCAUCCCUUUUCGCGCUUUAAGCUGUAGAGAAUGAGCUACAUUCAAAAUUUGCGUCAUAAUAUAUAAAUUAGUGAAAAUGUGAGUGGUCAGACUGGCCUCCUUAUGUUUGAGACUCAAGAUGGUUUUUAUGCCUUUAUGUGGCCAUUGUGUUAGUUGAACAGAAAAAGGUUUUGAA